AUGAGAAACCCAACUACGGCUUCGCGCCCGAGCAACAAUCAGCCAAUUGAAGUUCGAGUUCGAGCUUUGGAAGUUCGCGACAAAGAAGCCCUGCCUCGGAGCAAGUCCCAUCACCAGCUUUCCACUCGCGCCGAAGUUCGAGCUUCAGAAGCUUUACCGCGGAGCAAGUCCCAUCACCAGCUUCCUCACCCCGAGAGACCGCAGAAUCCGGUGCAGCUGCAGGCGUUUGAGUGGAAUCUGCCCGCCGACCACAAACACUGGCGACGGCUCAGGCGCGCGUUGCCGGCGCUCAAGUCCGUCGGGGUGGACAGCCUGUGGCUGCCUCCCGGAAGCAAGGCCAAGGACCCCGAGAGCAACGGCUACGACAUUUACGACGCCUGGGAUUUGGGAGAGUUUGACCAAAAGGGGUCGGUCCCCACGAAAUGGGGAACCAAGGGAGACCUUGUGUCCCUUGCGGCGGACGCGGAGAACCACGGCAUCGGGCUCAUCUGGGACGCGAUUCACAACCAUCGCGCCUAUGCCGACGGCACGGAGAUGGUGAAAGUUGUCGAAGUGGACCCGCGCGAUAGACGGAGAGACACCACAGAACCCUAUGAAAUUGAAUCAUGGACCAAAUUCGACUACAAGGCUAGAGGGGGCAAGUACAGCAAGUUCAGAUAUAACAAGUCGCAUUUCAACGGCACAGACUGGAACCAGAAGAACCAGAAGCGAGCAAUCUACAGAUUCGUAGAAGAAGGCAAGAACUGGCACCAAGACGUCGGCGACCUCCAAGGCAACGCCGACUACCUGAUGCUCGAGAACCUUGACUACACCAACCCGGAGGUCGUCAAAGAGCAGCAUCAAUGGGGCCGCUGGAUCGUGGACGAGCUGGGGCUCAAGGGCUUCCGCGUGGACGCCGUGCAGCACAUCUCGUGGAACUUUAUCAGCAAAUGGGCCGAGUACCUCAGGAAACCGACGAUCCGAAACGACCUCAUGUUUGUGGGAGAGUUCUGGCACGGCGACGUGCGUGUUUUGAACAAUUGGUUGGAACAUAUGCCGGCGUUCUUCAGCCUCUAUGAUGUGCCUCUCAUGUAUCACAUUGAGAGAUUGUCAUGGCACCAAGAUACCGACUUGAGGCAGGUGUUCAAGGACACCUUGGUAGAGCAACGGCCCAAUAACGCUGUGACAUUCAUUCGGAAUCACGAUACCCAAAAGGGUCAACAAAUGGACACACCAAUCUGCAGGAGUUUCAUGCCUUUUGCCUACUCCAUGAUUCUCCUCAGACGUGACGGUCACCCAUGUGUCUUCUUCGGAGAUCUAUACGGAAUCGAGCUUACUCAUCCCGAAGCACCCAUCCAAGGCCUUCCCAAUAUCCUAUUGGCCAGGAAGCUUUACGCAUACGGGGACCAACAAGAUUACUUUGAGCGGCCCGACUGCAUCGGAUGGGUCAGACGCGGAACGGAAGAGAGACCCGCUGGUAUGGCCGUCAUCAUGAACUGGACCCAGUUCGAACACACAGACACUCGGAUUUCCAUGUCGGUUGGUGCUGAUCACGCUGGAGAAAUUUGGACCGAUGUCCUCGGACUGGAGCCGGCCGCUGUUACGAUUGACGCCAACGGGAUGGGUUCUUUCCACUGCCCGAGAAACAACAUGGCUUGUUUUGUCAACGCGGAAGCCAAGGGAAGAAGGAAAUUCCCUGCGAAAUUCGACUCUGAUUUUCACAGCUUCGUUGAAUAG